UGGUUUCUGUGAACAGCCGUUGCUGUGUGAGAGGAAUUCAUCAACCAUGUCAUCUGCUUUGUUGGCCAAACCACAGAUGAGAGGCCUCUUGGCCAGCCGUCUGAAGAAACACAUUGUGAUAGCAUUCAUGUUUUCCUUUGGAUGUGCAGCAUUGUACAAGUUUGGUGUGGCUGAACCCAGGAAGCGAGCAUAUGCAGAGUUCUAUAAGAACUAUGAUCCCAUGAAGACGUUUGAAGCCAUGAGAGAAGCAGGUAUAUUUCAAAGUGCACCUCCCAAAGGAUCAUAAGCCAGAUU